GUACAUGUAUUGUCAUAAUGAGUGUUGAUUAUCACAAAUUUUAUUACGUUAAUGCAAUAUUUAUUUAACCAUUUUGAUAUUGCUAUAAGUUUACGCAUCAUAAUAACAAUUAAUAACACAAUACAAUUGAUAUAACUAUUUAUGUGUUAUAAUUAUAAUUGAAAUUAAAUGUCAUUGAAAUAAGUGCCCAAAAAAUCGCGAAACAAUGGCUACAAAAAGUGGCAAAGAUUUGAUACAAUUAGUGAAUGAACUUCAGGACAAACUCAAUGGUCUGGGCGUCGAGAGUCUGGCCAUAGAUUUGCCGCAAAUCGCCGUAAUUGGCGGCCAAUCGGCCGGAAAGUCGUCAGUAUUGGAGUCGUUCGUUGGCCGGGAUUUUUUGCCCCGCGGGUCGGGUAUUGUCACCCGUCGGCCGCUAGUGUUGCAACUCAUCCACAAUAAACACAACACUGAAUCUUACGGAGAGUUCCUUCACGUGCCUAACAAACGGUACGCAAAUUUUGCCGAAAUCCGGGACGAAAUAGUGGCCGAAACCGAUCGGGAAGUGCGGGACAGUACGGGAAUAUCGGCCAAACCGAUUAACUUGAGGGUUACCUCGCCUGAUGUACUGGACUUGACGCUCGUUGAUUUGCCCGGCAUGACUCGGGUACCGGUGGGCAGUCAGCCCCGCGAUAUCGAGUCACUCAUCGAGACAAUGCUCUUGGAGUACAUCCGACGAGACAACUGCCUGAUACUGGCCGUCACGGCCGCCACUCAG